GGUGAUUCCGUGAGUGUAGAAUUGAGGUAUCAAAUGGCGUCUUCACAGCUUCCACGUCUGUUGCUGAUCUACGUCUUGUUCAUGCUAGGGAGCUGCAGGGAGAUAUCAAGAAAAACGAGAUCCCUUCCGUCUGACGGUACCUGUGGCUAUCGAUCCCUGAUUGAUGACUCUAAAAAAAUUGUCGGUGGCAGAAAUACAAGUCGUGGAUUAGAACCAUGGCAGGCCAACUUAAUGAUAGACAUUUCUCCUGAGCAAGAUAUGUUUGGGCAAUCUAUAUUCCAUCAAUGCGGGGCUACAAUAAUUAGCGAAUACUGGAUCUUGACCGCAGCUCAUUGUUGGUGGGAGGAAAAAGAAAUAAAAGUAUUAAUUGGUGAGAAUGAAACAAAAAUAAGUAUACCAAUCGAUGAGAGCAAUUAUUUCGUUGUGGUUGGAGAUUAUAACCAGCUUGAAUCAGAGAACGGGGAAGAAAAAUUUGACCGAGUGAAGUUUAUCCUGCAUGAGGAUUACAAACAGGAUAAUACAACGAUGGAAAACGACAUUGCCUUACUGAAGAUCUUGCCAAAAGACGGCCGUGGUAUAAAGUUCACCGACUACGUCCAACCUGCCUGCCUACCUAAUGCCGAGACUCCGUAUACACCCGGUGAAGAAUGCAUCAUUUCCGGAUGGGGCGACAUGGACGGAGAUGAUUGUAAUACAGUUGAUGCUACAGUCUUGCAAACCGCUAUCGUACCUAUUGUUUGGAAUGAAGCAUGUUCUGCAUAUUAUGAGAAUUUUAUGUGGAAAUUCGAUGCGAACACAAUGAUGUGUGCCGGUUAUGCUGAGGGAGGGGUUGACACUUGUCAAGGAGACAGUGGCGGGCCUUUAGUUUGCAAUAUCGAUGGUUCUUACACGGUGUUGGGUGUGACGUCAUUUGGCGAAGGCUGUGCCAAACCUAACUACCCCGGUGUGUACACACGGGUACAGAGCUAUUUAGACUGGAUUGGCGAGACGAUUAAAAAACACGAAUGUGAUGAUACUGACUAGGAGAGCCUCAAAUUUAAAAAAAAAAUAACUGGCGUCUUCAGCUGAAUUAAGUAACAAGUGAUGGCUUAAAGAUUCAAGAUGAGUCUUGGAAAAAAGGAUGAUUCU